AUGUUUAAGUGUUUGCCAAUCAUAGGACCCUGUGGUCGACAUAUAGAUCAUAUUGAUAGGCGUCAUUCAAAGCUUGAACAGGUUCCGGAUGACGUCAUAAGAAGUUUUCGAACUCUUGAGGAAUGUCGCUUGGAUGCCAACCAAAUCAAGGAGUUACCGAAGAACUUCUUCCGCCUAAAGCGAAUUCGUCUCCUGACAUUGAGUGACAAUGAACUUACCCGUUUACCAAAUGGAAUUGGCAGCUUUUCGAAUCUUGUGGAGUUGGACAUCAGUAGAAAUGAUAUAUCUGAACUCCCGGCAAGUAUUCGGUUCUGUGAUUCUUUACAGAGUUUGGAUGUAAGCAAUAAUCCUUUGCAAAGCCUACCUGCUGGUUUCUGCCAGUUGCGCAAUCUUCGAGUUUUAUGCUUGAAUGAUAUUUCGAUCGCUGAGCUUCCGGAGGAAAUAGGCAGCUUACAAUUAUUAGAAAAAUUAGAACUUCGUGAUAAUUGUCUCAAGUCAAUACCAGACUCAUUCGCUGAUCUUAUUCAUUUGGAGUUUCUUGAUCUUGGUGCCAAUGAGUUUCAAGAGUUGUCUCCCGUAAUUGGCCAACUCUCCCAAUUGAGCGAAUUAUGGAUAGAUGAUAAUGAACUGAGAUCAUUACCUGAAGAGCUGGGAAAUCUUGGGAAUUUACAGCAAUUGGAUCUAUCAGAAAACCUUAUUUCUUCUCUACCUGAAAGCAUUUCAGGAUUGGUUUCAUUGUCGGACUUAAAUUUAUCACAAAAUACUAUAACACAUUUACCGAAUGGCUUAGGUGAUUUGAAAAAGUUGAUUAUUCUAAAACUCAAUCAAAAUCGACUGCUUACGGUGACACCGACUAUAGGAAACUGUUCAAGUUUACAAGAAUUAUACUUGACUGAAAAUUUUCUUUCUAAACUCCCACCUUCUAUUGGCAAUUUAGCUUCCAUGUUUCAUUUGAAUGUAGAUCAAAAUCAACUAACUGAGUUGCCCGCUGAGAUUGGUCAAUGUACAUCACUUAAUAUUUUGUCUCUUCGAGAAAAUAAUUUGCAUAGAUUACCUGAUGAAAUUGGUAAUUGUACACGUUUACGAGUUCUAGAUGUUUCUGGCAAUAGACUUGAUCGAUUACCGUUUAAUCAACUUGACUCACGUGUUGAAACUGAUCCAACUAUGUCACCAUCUGAAUUAGAUAGUUUUUCUACUUCAUUAAAUCCUAACAGCAAACCAAAUCAUGAUUUACUUGAUAAUAUCAGUACAGAAAUAAAUCAUGCUUAUGAGCCUGCAGAUAUGCAUAUCUCACCAUCAAAAUAUGAAUCAACCAAACCAUCGAUUUCGCCGUCAUCAACAUUAAAUGAUAAUUUAACAAUGACAAAUACACUUAGUUCAUUAAACAAUCCUAAUUCAAAUAAUCCUACAACGAAAAAUUUACCCUAUUUAAAUCCAUCUACUAUUCAUUCACCAUCAAAUGUAAAUGGUCAUUUAGAUUCAUCCUGUACAUCAUCAAAUCAUAUAAAUGAUCUUUCUACUUCAUCUACACAUUCAUCUUUAUCUAUACCACCAACAUCUGUAUCAACUCGUGUUCAUUUCUCCGGUUCAGUGAAACCUGAUGAAAUGGACAAGUCGGCCUCUAAAGGUUUCCCAAAAACACGUCAUCCUCGUUCCAGUAGAAAAACUGCAGAUAAUCAUCUUAUUAGUGGUAAAGAUGACUUAAAUCAACACGGAAAUAUAUCAAUUGUUGUUGAAUUUCAGUUUGACAUAGAAUCAUCUAUUCUUCUCGAGUAUUUAUUCUAA